UGUUAUAAACUACGUCAGAGCAAUACUCAGUUAAGCAGACAGCAAUAUUUCUUUUCUCAUCUGAUGGACAUGAACUCCACAACAAGCGACGCACGACAGCCGCAUCUGGUCUAUGCUUUGGUCUUUGGCUUUAUUUUGGCACUGGGUCUGCCUCUCAAUGCUUUCUCACUGUGGACUCUUCUAAGAAACCACAGCCUCAAAUCCCCCUGUGUGGUCUUCAUGGUCAACCUGGCAAUCUCGGACCUACUGCUCAUCAUCUCCCUUCCCAUGAGGGUCUACUUUUACGCAACGGGCACCUGGCCUCUGAGCAGAAUUGCAUGUACCUGCAUCACAUUGUUUUUUCUCGACAACAUCCGCUCCAGCACCAUCUGUGUCACCUUCAUCAGCAUUGACCGGCUGCUUGCUGUGGUUUAUCCUCUGAGGUCACGCCAUCUUCGAACCAUUUCCAACGCCUUGAAAGCUGUCGGGCUCAGUUGGCUGUUUGUGUUGGUGCUGAACAUCACAGAGAGAGUGGCCCUUUCUACAAAUUCCACUCGCCACAAUGAGUCCACCUGUUUUGAAUUUCCCCCUAAAAGAUCAAUAAUGGCUUAUAUUGACUCUAUGUUAGUGUUCACCUUGCUGGCAGUCAAUAUUGUGUGCACCACUUUGGUGUGUAGGACUCUAUACAGAAACCUCAGUGACUCUGCAAGGGUCAACAGCAAGGUGAAUGUCUUGCUACUUUUUGUCAUGAACUUAGCUGUAUUCACUGUAUGUUUCUUACCAGUGUCGUUUGCAUUAUUAAUUGUAGGGAAACCUAUGGACACGUCUUUAACUUGUUUGGCUAGUGUGAACUGCUGUCUGGAUCCACUGUUGUAUUACUUUUCCCUCGAUGCCUUUUGGAAGAAAAAGGAGGAUGCAGAUCUUGCAAUGGAACCAUAGAAAAAACUUUUCUUGGAUGCUCAUUUGACUUCGGGUUAUUUUAACAAUCUGAUGGAUUUUAUAUGUGCUUAAAAGAAAAGAAAGACCAAGGACAUGGACAAACAAGGAUCAUAAAGAUGAUCUCUUUGGUAAAAUGUUUUUGAAACUAAAGAUCUAGUAAAAGAUGGGUAAAACCUAGACUUGUUGUACAGGUAUCAUGUUUAAUUCAUGCUUAUAGUUUGUAACAUCACAGUUUUGUGUAGUCCAGGCAGUUUCAGGAGAAAUUAUGACUCUUGAUGAAAUAGUUUGGUAUUUUGCAAUAUAAACUAAUUUGCUUUGUUGCUGAGAGUUAGAAAAGAUGAUUGACAUCACUCAUACGUCUGUAUGCCAAUCCGAGGCUAUAUAAAUAAUGGAUGUAGUUGCAGUGACAUUAUUGGUUUGUGGACUGCUGUUUUGAAACCGUGAUUUCAGUAUUGCGACCGUCGCCAUCUUGGGUUUUUGGAGCCAAAAGUGACUAUAUUUGGAAAAACGGCUGGCACUGUGGAGGAAAGAGGGAAGGACCUGACUGGAAGCCAAGGAUACAAUUGGCAGACAGCUCAUCACUCAAACAUCCCUUAAAUAUUCAGAACUUUUGGCCUUGAUAAAAUGGAAAUGGGUGAGGUAUUUUAAAAAAAUAAAGAAAUCACCCCACAUAGUUGUCAUGAAUGUUAAAAUUAAAGAGACCAAAACUUUUUU